GCACCGUUUUGCACCUUCUCGCACUCUGUACUUUUCUCGCACUCAUCCUCCGCUCACUUCCGUCCAUCUUUGCACCAUGAAGCCCACCACUCUCGCCGUUGCUGCCCUCACCGUCGCUGCCGUCAGCGCCCAGCUGCCCAUCAGCAUUCCCAACAUCACCACCCAGUGCCAGACCGAGCUCACCAGCGCCGCCACCACCAUCCUGCCCGCUUGCAAGCUCAACCUUGCCGAUCUCAUGAGCAUCUCCAACGCCACUGCUGCCAUUGCUCUGGCCACCACCCUGACCAACGAAAUCUGCACCGACUCGGGCUGCUACACUGCCAUCGGUACCGAGCUGCCCAAGCUCGUCGCUGCUUGCGGCCAGUCCGUGUCCAUCCCCUCCAACAUUGGCGCCCUCAUCGCCGAUCCCACCAAGGACCCUCUCUGUGCCAAGGACCCCUCCUCUGGCCAGCUCUGCGGCAUCUACCUCAUCAAUGCCGCCGUUGCCAACAACACCAACGCCACUUGCUCAGCUUGCUCUGCCAAUGCCGUCUAUGUCUUGAACGAUGCCAACACCACCAGCAGCUUCAAGUCCCAGUGCCCCAACACUCCCAUCGCCGCCAUCACUGCCGCCAGCCCCAGCCCCAGCCCCAAGUCCUCGGCCUCGACCCUGACCUUCAGCCUGUUUGCCGGUGCUGUCUCCCUGGCCGCCGCCGUCUUUGCCUUCUAGAUGACCUGGUGUCAACUCGCCUGCAUCCACCUCGGCUCUCCACGCUUGCGGGAGUGCUCAGCUGGUAUUCCUGCAAUCGUUCCACCACUCCGCCGAUGUCUGUACGGCUCGUUUUGACUGCGGCAUGCGGUGUGCGUUGCCAUAUUCUCUGGCCACGAACAGAGUGACCCUGCGCCCCAAGCUUGGGCAACCCUAUGUCUUGUGAUAUCGCUUCCCAGUUUCCCUGAUGUAUCAGUUCAAUACAGCACUACUUUGUUUCCACCCUG